AUGGCUGGUGACAAUAGGUAGGUGGUCAUUUCGGUAUUGAUUUUCUGUUUCCAUAUUAUUUCACAUAUCUGUCUCGGACAUAACGGUGAAGAGCAAUUGGAAGUUCUUCCUGUGAUAAAAAUUUUAGAUGCAUCAGGUUUUCAUUGAGUGAAUGUCUGAACAUUCAAUAAAUCAUGAUGGAUGAGGAAGAAAGUCUUAGUAACUAUUCUUUCAAGUAGUUCAGUUUGGUAUUUCCUUUUGCUUUCUUUCUUUCUUUCUUUCUUUAUUUUUGUGCAUGAGAACCUCUGUCAGCAAGGUAUAACAGUACUUUUAGAGAGAUGUUAAUUGCAAAUCUGCUGCACCUUUUCCACAGUGACAUUGACAUCACAGGCACUGACCACUCUGAGGUGACCUCAAAUAGUGACAGUAGCAGCAACUCUUCUGCGACAGAGUCGUCUGCAGAAAGUGAAGAUGACAACUGCUUCUUGUAAGUAUUAAAAAAGCACGUUGAUCUUCCCAAUAAUUUCGAAAGGUGGUGUUCUGAUCAUUGCCCCUCUUAUGUUUUGUUUUCAUUGAACCAAUAAUACAAUACUACUACUAUAAUAAUAGUAUAUGAUUGUUUUAGUAUGUUUCUUUGUCAUUGCUACACACUCGUAUUCAGCAAAACAAAAUAUUAGUAAUGUCUUGAACCAAAUUAUAAAUAUGCUACCAAUUCUUGUCACUAGAUUAGUACAUGUGGAUUGAAUUUUCUGUUUACAAAUAUGCCGUGCAAUGACUUGUUUUUCAGAAUUGUGUCUGCACUGUCUGAUGCUCUGUGCAAGCUUGUUGCCGAUGCUGAUGAGGCUUUCAGCUCCAGUGAUGACAACGAUGAAGAUUAUUGGGGGUAAGUUUCUCUAAGAUAAAUUCAUGAUGUGAAGGAUGUAAAACUAAGCUAUGAAUUAGUUUAAACAGUUUCCACCAUCUACCAUCUACCUUGAGUUUUUAGGAUUUGCGUGAUUGGAGAAUUUUGUUUCUUAGUUAGUGGAUAGUGAUAAACAAUACAAUUUAUCAAACUCAAUAAGGAAAGGUUUUAAUUGGUUUUCAUUGUUUCUGCUUAUAGUGAGGAGAGUGAUAGUGAAUGUGAUUUGGACAUGACACAGGAAGAGAAUGCUGCCAUUGAAUUUGAAAUAUCUGGGGUGUUGGAUGAAGAAAGUAAUGAUGAUGACAUUGGCAAGCAGCCAUCAAAAGAGCCUGUAGUAGUCUCAGUAUCCACUCAGACCGAGGACCCAGUGGUGCAGGCUCAAGAAGAAAGACCAGUGCCCACAGCUGUACCAGCCAUACCAUGUGUGGUUGGUCCUCCUCGAGAAAAUAAAUUCAGUCGCUGGGAAGACCACAAGGAAUAUCCAGAUGAAAUAAAGCUUGUACAAGGCACUAAGGUUUUAUGUGCUCUUGACCUCCUAAUGCAGGUGUUUGCAGACAAAUGCCAACAUCCUGGGUGCCAGCAGCAAACCAGGGUUGAUCACACUCUUUGUGGCACCAGUGUGUUAGUAAAAUGGACUUGCCCUCUUGGGCAUAAAGGCAGGUUUUGGUCGUCUAGAAAAGUUAAUGGUAUUCUCGUCAAUAACCUCCAGACCUCUGCUGCCAUAUUGUUGUCCGGUUGCAGUUUCAUCAAAGUAGCUAAGAUGGCUAAGUUCCUGGGCCUUUCUUUCUCUUCCAAGUCCACCUUCUUCAGGGUGCAGAGGCUUUAUGUGAUUCCUGCUGUAACAGAAUGGUGGAAGUGGCAACAGGAAAUAAUAUUUGAGGAGUUGAAGGAUCAGGACCUUGUUGUUGCAGGUGAUGGUCAAUGUGACUCCCCUGGAUUCACGGCAAAGAAUCUUUGUUACUACCUUAUGGAUGUAACAACAUCAUACAUAAUUGAGCUUGAGGUAUUGGACAAAUGUGAGACAAACAUGAAGUCAGUCACGAUGGAGAAGCAGGCUCUUCAAAACAUUCUUCUUAGGCUUAGAAGAUUGUUGACGAUCACUGAAGUUGUAACCGAUGCAUCAGCAAGUAUAAAAAAACUGAUAGGUAUGAUACACUGAAUAAUGAGAAGUUAUCAGUCAUACAAAGAAAAGUUACUUUGUUUUUAUGAAAACUGCAUUUUGUGUACCAAUAUAUUAUUAUUAUUACUAUUAUUAUUAAUAUUGUCACUAUUACUGGCAAAAAUUCUCAUGAGGAAGAAAAGCAAUGAAAAGAGAAUCAAUGAUAUUUAGAUACUGUGGCGUUGAAAUUUGUGGUUGAAGUAUGCCGGGAGAGUACGUUAAUAGUUUUGUAUUAAAACCAUAGAGCACCCAACCUUGAAAUAUGUUUUAGGUUGUGCUUUUCUUGUCAACUUUUUUUCUCAUCAAUUGAACCAAACCAUCAAUGGGUUAGCUGUCUUGUCAUUUCCAUAUUCUUACCCAAAUUUCUGCUGUUAUUUACAACUUAUGCUUUUUGCCUGUGGGUUUUCAAUGCUUUCUAUUUAUCAGUGAACUCAAGUAGAUUACUUUGUAUUUUCUAAACAUACUAAACUAUUUUCCUUGUAUUCUAGCUGAUGCUUUUAGACAGAUAUUCCACUCACUUGAUGUCUGGCAUAAGUCAAAAGGAAUCCGGAAGUGUCUUUCAAACGUGAGUAAGAGUUGAUAUUAUAUUAAUUUUACAGUGGCCACAAAGAACAUAUUUAGUGUAAUUCUUUCUAAUAUGUGACUCUGUCCCAUGUAUUGGCAAGACUCUUUCCUAUAAAUAGAACAUAAACAUGCAUUGUGUUGUCACUUGUAAAUACGCCCAUGUAGUAUACUUCACUGUUGUAUAUUUCCAGGAUAAUCAAAUCAUAUCUUUAACCAAUGGGCCAGGAAUGGACUAAGGAAUGUUGUUAUUAUAAUCUGUAGAGAAUUAAAUGCUCAAAGUUUGACAAUGAUGAUUGGACUGUUAAUGUAGGUUUAUUUUUUUGAGUCGUUGCAUUUAUCUCUGCCAGAGAAAAAAAUUUAAGGCUUGUUAUUGAUCUUCUGUAGGUAGGAAGUGCAAAGGGGAUGGAAAAAGUGGCCCUUUGGUCUGACCACAUUGUUAGACACUUUUGGCACUGUUGCAGUCUGGCAUCUGAAGUGGAAGGCAAUGAGCUAGAAGCUCUGAAGAUAUUGAAGGUAAUUCCAAUUUAUCAUCUUUUUUAAAGUAAUUAAAAACAGGGCUGUCGGUAAGAGGUGAUGGGUCUAUGUGGCCCCCAGCUACACUCAAAGGAAAAUAGAAGAAAAAUGGAAUCAAACGAAACCCCCCGUUGUUUGAUUCUCUGCCUACUUAUUUUAUGAACCCAGCAACUUGAAAUCUUAGUGACAGCUCUGAAUUUUUUUUUCUGAGACUUUUUUGAAAAUUAUCACAUUAUAUUAUAUCAGACUGUAAACACUUUGCUUCUUCACAAUGUUUUAGGGUCUGUUUACAUGGAGGUGGGGGACCUCUGAUAGGUGAGGUAAAAUGUGGUGGGUCACCCCAUCUCUCAAAUUAAAAUGAGAUAUUAUAUGGACAAGCGGGAUACUCCACCAAAGCGUGUUACCUCACCUAUCUGGGGUUCCCUACCUCUAUGUAAACAGACCCUAUGUCACUAUCAUCUUGUUAUAUAUGUUUCAAUGAAAUUUUACUAUUAUGAAAUCAGGAUACCUGGAUCUCACUAUUACACCAUGUGUGCAAUCAACAUGAGUGGGCUGAUGGCCAUUGUGACCACGAGCCAAUCACUGAGGAAAACCACCAGCUUCCAUGGUUUGACAGGAGAUCCAAAGAGUUUGAGGCACUGCAAAAAAUUAUCCUGGAUCCUGACCUUCUUGAAAGUUUCAAGUACUACACCAGAUUCAGGUAUAUAAGGGGAACCCUGUUUUCAUAAGAAAGACUAAAUAUAUAUCUUAUUUCAAUACGUAGGUUUAUUCAAAUAUAAUGUUUAUGGAUGAAUGGUAUGGUCUUCAAAGAAAAAAUAUUUUGGUUUGUAUUCCUGUCUGCUUGGUCCUUGGCAAAAGAAAUGUAUGGAGGAAACUUAAAAGAAGAAUGUAUUAAUGAAUACUAUGUCAAUAACUCCGGGCAGCCCCAUUCCUUAAACUAAGCUCAGUAACGUAAACGUUGUCAGGCUUAGGCAAGGGUUUAUUUUUUAUUGCCACUGUGGACCUUGUGAAAACCUUCUUAAGGUGUUGGUCAGCCCCUAAAUGCCUUUCUAUGUCAAGCUCAAUUCAUUGUCAUUCUUUAAUUAUUACAUGUAUAUUUAACCAUGUUUUUCAAAAAUAUUUAUUUUACUUUUAGGCAUACAGGCGCAUUAGAACGAGCCAACUCUCUGUCAUUGAUGUAUGCCAGCAAGAGAAUUUCCUACACGUAAGUAACGACACUUCAUAGUUUUAAAAGUUCAUAGUAUUUAUAUUAUCUGUAGCCUAUAGAGAAGCUCAAAUUGUUGUAUAUGUUGUAGUUAAUUUUUUAUCUCAGGUAAUUUUUGUUUUUCUUUUGUUUUUGGGUAUGGUAAUCUAUGCUAAUGAAGUUGAAACAAAAGAAAAAUAAAAAUUACCUGAGAUAAAAAAUUAACUACAACAUAUACUUCAAAAAAUUGCACUGUGUGAACAAAGAUCUCAUGGAACACUGUCUAUUUUGAUCAAUUGUUCUUUUUAGGAAGAAAGUCUACAAAGCAAGAAAACAACUAGCUGCCAUUGGCUGGAACUAUCACCUCGAUAUUCCUGAACAAGAAGAUGUGCUAGGCGAGGUGGCUGUGACCCGGAAGUACAACCAAAGAACAAAGAGUUGGAAUGUGAAAAUUGUAAAGCAGGCCAAAGACAAUGGUUAUAUUUGGAUGCUUCUGGCUAAAGUGUUUCGUCUACGUGUGGAGGAUAAAGAAAAUAUGCAGAGGGUGGUCCCAAUGGAAGCUGAUGACCCAAGGAGGAUAGCCCCUACCAUUGCUGUGGUGCCACCCCCACCUUCACGCGAGCUCUUUAUUCAGGACAGCAGCAGGUUUAAGAAUAACUAG